GCAAAGUUAUUCAUUCACCGGCUACCGAACACUUUACUGUGUGUCGAAAUGGCUGCAAAAAUGUCACAGAUCUCUGUUAUCCUCUUUCUUUUGGCUUUUACUUUACAGAGGGCUAAAAGUUCAGGAUUUCCGUGUACAUCUACCCAAUUCACCUGCAAAAAUGAGCGUUGUAUCCAGAAAGCCUGGCGUUGUGACGACCAAGACGACUGUGGAGAUCAUUCGGACGAAGAUGGAUGCCCUGCCAAGACAUGUAACCCAGUAACCGACCACACAUGUAGAAAUGGCCGGUGUGUGCUCAAAGAAUGGGUUUGUGAUGGAAUGGACGACUGUGGCGACAGCAGUGACGAAGACAACUGCCCCACUCGACCACCGUAUACCUGCCCGCCUUCGGACUUCACUUGUGCUAACAGCCAGUGUGUGCCGAACUCGUUCAGAUGCGAUGGGGAAAACGACUGCGGAGACAGAAGUGACGAGAGUGGUUGCAAGCCGACGACUACGUGUUCCGCUAAUGAGUUCCGGUGUGAUGAUGGUCGUUGUAUAACGUCGACAUUUAGGUGUGACCGAGAGUUCGACUGCACUGACAGGAGUGAUGAACGAGGGUGUGUUAACAAGACCUGCGCUCCAUACGAGUUCACUUGCGCGUUCAGUGGCCGGUGCAUCCCUGGGCGCUUCCGCUGCGACCAUCGCAGCGACUGUCUAGACGGCUCAGAUGAGCAAAAUUGUCAAAAUGUAACUCGCCCCACUCCCCCACCGGUGAAGUGCCGCAAAAACGAGCGCAUGUGUGCGGAUGGUAACGGUUGUGUUCACAGGCGGUGGAUUUGUGACGGCGAGCGUGACUGCCUGGAUGGUAGCGACGAAGCUGGAUGCGGUACAAUUGGCUGUUCCAGUGAUGAGUUUACGUGUACAAAUCAAAAGUGCAUCCCUCUUCCCCAAAAAUGUGACGGUACUGAUAACUGUGGCGACGGCAGCGACGAGAAAAUGUGUCCAACUCCAUCGGUUCCACCUCAGCCUGACAUUCCGUACCAGCCUGUUAGCGGAGACAAUACUACCCAACCGGGCCAGGUGUGCCCGCGAGACCACUUCCGUUGUGGCAGCAGUACCAUUUGCAUCGCUAACAGCAAAGUGUGUGACGCUACGCCGCACUGCCCGCAUGGCGAGGACGAGAGGAACUGCGAUAUAGAUGAAUGCAAAUCGUUCAAUGGUCAUUGCCUGCAGCUGUGUACAAACACCAAGACGAGUUUCUAUUGCUCCUGCUUUUCCGGAUAUGAGCUCAUGGAUGACAGAAAGAGCUGCAGAGAUAUCAAUGAGUGUGAAAUCCCUGGUAUGUGCAGCCAGAAAUGCUACAACACCAAGGGGAGCUUCAAGUGCUCUUGUAUGGAGGGCUACGUACUUGAACCCGAUGGCAGGAGAUGCAAGGCACUUGGUCCUCGGCCCUACGUUCUCUUCACCGACCGCAACAGCAUCCGCCUGAUCAUGACAGACGGCAAGGAGUACAAGCAGGCCGUGCAGGGUCUCAAGGAUGCGCGAACUCUAGGCUUUGACGUCAAAGAAAGCAUGCUGUACUGGACUGACAAGGCUGCCACGGCUAUCCAAAAAGCCAAGAUGGUGCCGGACACCACCAUCGAGACGGUGCAUGAGACAGGCCUCGUGGAACCUGCAGGGCUGGCUAUCGAUUGGGUGGGGCGCAAGAUGUACUGGGCUGACCCUGGCGCUAAUACUAUUGAGGUGUCCGAGCUCGAUGGAAGUAAUAAGAUGACUCUUAUCAGCAGUGGACUGGAUAAACCAAGUGCUGUGGUACUUGAUCCAACUGAAGGCUUUAUUUACUGGACCGACUGGGGAGACCCAGCCAAGAUUGAGCGUGCCAGCAUGGAUGGCACGGCCCGUAAGGUACUAAUCAGCGGAGAGCACCUGGAGCGACCUGCCGGCUUGGCCAUCGAUUACUCCACCCGCAGGCUCUACUGGAUCGACUCCAAACUGGAUGUGAUCAAACACUGCAACCUGAACGGCACAGAGGUCCGCGUGGUGAUCAACACAGGCAUCGAUAACCCCACUGCCAUUACGGUAUUCGAGGAUCACAUCUAUUGGACGGACUCUCGGAAGAUCUACAAGGCAAAUAAGUUUACAGGAAAGAAUAUGACGGUACUGGUGAACAACGCCGCGUCGCCUGAAGACGCCCAUAUCUAUCAUCCACAGAGACAGCCCACAGCAUCAAGUCCUUGUGCUAUCAGAAAUGGUGGAUGCUCUCAUCUAUGUCUGAUCUCCUCCAACAAGAAUAAGUACAGCUGCAACUGCCCAAAGGACCUUUUCCUCCAGUUGGAUGGGAAAAUGUGUUCCAAAAUUAAACCACCAACGACUCUCCCUACUGCUCUGGCUUCUUCAACGGUUGCCACUGACACUAUUGUACAAGCUAAAGUCGGCGAGCGAGUCCCAGAAAAGGUCAACCUAGGCCUGAUCCUUGGCGUGGUCUUCGGGCUAUGCUUCCUCAUCCUCCUCACCAUAAUAGCUAUACUAUUUAUCAAGAAAAAGAAACAGCCACAAAGGCUAGAAAUUUUGUAUAACGCUGAAAGCCAAACUGAGGUCGAUAAGAUGCCCAAUGGAGCUGUUGUGUCCAAGAAGCCGGACAUCAAGAAUAGAGAACAAUACAGGCAGUUUGACAACGUGAACUAUAAUCCUGCCGAUCUUACGGAGGACCAAGAGAAUAGCUCGAAUCCAGAUGAUGAAUUCGACGAGCUAAACAUAGACGAAACAGUACCUGUUAUAUCCAAUAGUGAUGUAGUGUGAGAAAUAAGUAGGUAAAGAAUAAGUAUUAUAAUAAUGUCCCACUAAAUUGAGGAGGUAUAAAAAUUAUCGUGAGGCAUCUAGAUAGGUUCUAAACGACUGUGAAACAAACACUGCUUUUCGGUCAGGACGCCCGCCGUCAGUAGCCGCCACGCCGUUGUUUUCCAAUCGUUCUGUCAGAUCCUACCUUAGAUACUAUGUAGAUAACGUCUUCCCCUUAUACAUUUUCUUUUGAGGAAAUUCCAAUAUCUUCUCAUUUUCCAAAAGAGUAGAUCAUUUCAAAAGAUUAUCUUAAUGCAUAGAUCUAUUAUUAAAAUUAAAUCUAAAAAUUAUGCUAAAUGCUACCGCUGCUUGUGUAUAUAUUUCUUAGGGCGUAUUAUUGCAAUCAGUGUCAUAUCAAGUUUGCGCCUUUCUUUUUCUGCUUAUUGGUACAAAAUCCAUGUAUCGUCUGAUGUUAACUUUUAAGCAUUUCUUUUUUUUUGCAAAUGUAAGUGUAAGUGAUGGGCACAGUAUUACACUAUUAUAAAAGAUUAUAUUAUAUGAAUAAGUUGUAAAUAUGUAAGAUCCGGAAAUAAGUAGUUAAAUUCAGCUGGCUGAAAUAGUAGCUUUAAUUUGCGGCAUAUUUAUUGAUAAUUGAAGCAUUUUCGUUGCGGAUUUGCCAUUUUUGGCAUUUAUAGUUGAGCGACUAUUUGUUGACGGACAAAAAUUUUGGGGUCUUUAGAGCAAGUCGUUCUUUUUGAUUAUAUAAUAUACUUUACUGCUUUACACCAUGUGUAGUUUGUAAGGCUAGAAUGCCCGCAUUAUUUUUUGUAUAUACAUAAAUGAAAUUAUAUUCUAAUUCAUGUGCUUAAGUAUGAUUAAGAAUUUGUGUUAUUUAUUCACCAGUUGUGUCAAUGAGGUUGUUGACUGGAUAAUUACACAUCGGUCCUGUCUUAAAACAACGCGAAGUGUUCUCGAAGUAUUGCAUGCACUUUAAACACCAUUCCCAUUGGUGCAACCUGGUGCUCUAGCUAUCACGCCCUUAUGGCGAUUUAGCGCAUUGUUGAGUAUUAUUUAAAGUAGAGAUAAUUAAGUAAAUAUUCUUUUUAUGUGGCGCUCUAGUGGUAAUCAUAGCUUUGAAGUGUGAUUUUAUUAGUAUUCUAGUUUUGUAUGGGUGGUGGUGGUGGUUGUGGGGGGUGGGGGAAUACAAAACUGCCUAUUGCUGUAUUAUUAUUUUUUUCUUUUGGUAUGCCUGAUCUCAUUAAGAAGCUAUCUUUACCACAAGCCAUGGGUAAAUGUAAGAAUAGAGAAGACCAAGUUGUAAAUAAUCAGAUUAUAUCAAAUACGCUAAGUGUUAAAAAUAGGAAGUUUUCUACGUGAGGCCUGUUUCUUUUUCGACAAUAAAAUCAAUAAAAAUCCAUGAAUGAAAA